GCAGUCAAACAAUACGUUUAUCUUUAGGCUUAAAUAUUUCACUCCUCCCUUGGCCCUGUCAGCAUCCCAGUCCUAAUGCUUGCAAACUUCAAGAUCAGGUGGCAGCCUUGGGGCUGCUUGUACACUCUGCAGUGGAUGUCUUGACUUAUAUAGAAGGAUCCUGGGGGACUCUGGCUACUUGUUUCACUCUUGCAGAACUGCUGCCAGCAAAAAAUCUCUCUUUUGCAACUUGCAAAUGCUUGCAGUUAUGUCUUCUGGUUAACUGCUCCAAUCUGAGUUCUUAUGAUGCUGGGUUCAAGAAUAUAAGGCAUCCUGGUGGUCCUCAGCUUCCUCUGAAACAUCCCUGUGCCUCAGAACAUCCUGUAAAAAGGAAAUUUUUUAACCAUGGGUGCAAGUGCAGGUUUUAUGUCACUAGUUUCACCAUGUGGUCUUGGGUUACACAUGACAAAGUAACAGCCUAGUUUUGUUCUGGAUGAAUCCACACUUGAAUGUCAUAUGCAGUGAACACAUGGGGGUUGGAAAAAGGACCAUGCUUGUAUUGAGAUGCCUUUCUCUGAGUAAUGUAAACUUCCUUUUAAUUGUCAUGCAUUUUUCUAGUAAAAGCUCUGCAAGUCUGCAAUAAAAAUGGCCUCCAAUAAAACUACAUUGCACAAGAUGGGAAAGAAACAGAAUGGCAAAGGUAAAAAAGUUGAAGAGGCAGAGCCUGAAGAAUUUGUUGUGGAAAAAGUCUUGGACAGACGUGUCGUAAAUGGGAAGGUUGAAUACUACUUGAAAUGGAAAGGAUUUACAGAUGCUGACAACACAUGGGAACCUGAAGAAAACUUAGAUUGUCCAGAGUUAAUUGAAGCUUUUCUAAACUCUCAGAAAGCUGGUAAAGAAAAAACUGAUGGUGCCAAAAGAAAAUCUUUAUCAGAUAGUGAGUCUGACGACAGUAAAUCAAAGAAAAAAAGGGAUUCUGUUGAUAAACCAAGAGGGUUUGCAAGGGGUCUUGAUCCUGAACGAAUAAUUGGAGCAACAGAUAGCAGUGGAGAACUUAUGUUUCUUAUGAAGUGGAAAGACUCGGAUGAGGCAGAUUUGGUACUGGCCAAAGAAGCCAAUGUGAAGUGUCCUCAGAUUGUAAUCGCUUUUUAUGAAGAACGGCUAACUUGGCAUUCAUGUCCGGAAGAUGAAGCACAAUAAUUGUUUGCAUUGCUUUUUUAUAUAUAUGAAUAUUGAAACCUGAUUUUGAUUUUAUUUGAUUUAUUAGCAAUGUGAGAAGCAUACAUUCUAAUGAAAAUCAAGUUUGAUAUUUUUUGGAGUAGUGUGUUUUGCAUCAACAGCAAGUAAAUAAAGGCUUUCUGCAACUUCAUUUAUCACAGGAGAGCAUUUGAUACUACUACUUCCUCCACAUUAGGUAACAGCUUUUAUAAACCUUCAUACACCUCCAUAGUUAUUACUGAGUCAUAACAAAUGUUUAAACAAAAACUUACCAAUGUUUUGUAGUCUUCUAUAUUAUUGAUGUGCAUGUAUCUUCUUUAUCUCUAGCUAGCCCCUUUAAACUUGUAGAACCAUUCUUUUUAGUAUUUGGGAUUACUUGGUCUGGAAGAGGCCAGAUAAAAACUAACUUUGUAGUAAUUUGAAUGUUAUCAGACUGUAUAUUGUUUACUUUAUUGUAAAUACUGGUGAACAGUGGUCAAUAAAAUAGUUUUAUAUUCUUCCUUUA